CUGGAGCUGCAGCAGAGUGGCGACAUGGACAUCCUCAAGCACAAAUGGUGGCCUAAGAAUGGCCAGUGUGACCUGUACUCCUCAGUAGAUGCAAAGCAGAAGGGAGGAGCCCUGGACAUCAAGAGCCUGGCAGGCGUGUUCUGUAUCCUGGCCGCGGGAAUUGUGCUCUCCUGCCUCAUAGCCGUCCUCGAGACAUGGUGGAGCCGGAGGAAAGGUUCCCGGGUCCCAUCAAAAGAGGAUGACAAGGAAAUUGACCUGGAGCACCUCCAUAGACGUGUAAAUAGCUUGUGCACAGAUGACGACAGCCCCCAUAAACAGUUUUCCACCUCGUCAAUUGACUUGACCCCUCUGGACAUUGACACUUUGCCAACACGACAAGCCCUGGAGCAGAUCAGUGAUUUCAGAAACACUCACAUCACCACCACCACCUUCAUCCCAGAACAGAUCCAGACUCUUAGCCGCACACUCUCAGCAAAAGCUGCCUCUGGUUUCGCUUUCGGCAGUGUGCCUGAGCACCGAACUGGCCCUUUUAGGCACAGGGCCCCUAAUGGGGGCUUUUUCAGGAGUCCUAUCAAAACAAUGUCAUCUAUUCCUUAUCAGCCUACUCCCACUCUGGGGCUCAAUCUGGGCAAUGACCCCGACCGAGGCACGUCCAUAUGAGCAGCAGACAGCUCCGCCCAUCCUAGGACUCCCCGAAAGGAGCAACUGUAAUGUGGGACUAACAUGGAUGUGGUGUUUUAUUUAAAAGAAAUCAGGAUAAUUAGAAACAAUUCUAGUUCUUUCUCUCCCUUACUCUACUUUUUUUUCCUCUUCUUCCCUCUCUCUGUCUAUCACCCUCCAUUUUUUUCAUUACUCAACUUGUUCCCCAAGAAUAUAGUAUUCUAGGAUCCUAUUAGUCUGCUUUUCAUCUACUGUACUUCAAGUCUAGGGACUGGGCACUGAGUCACUGAGAACACUUGCAGGGUUGACUUUGCACACAGGGCUCCCAUGCACCCACCCUUCCUCUGUUUUGAAACUCUAAUUGCAAUAACUUCAGUCUUUCUCCAUCUUCAACCGCAUCCAUAAAAUCCUUCACUGCUGUCGAGUGUCCUUUAACUGUGGACCAAAGGCAACCCCCGCGGUGUCUGUGAAAUGAUUUGAAGACCAUUCAGGCCACGCAAUAUGAGAAUGCAGUUUUGUAGGAUUACAAAAAAAGCCAUUAAUCUGCCAGUCAAGACUACAGUUAAAACCCCCCUCGCACUGCAGCAGUGCCCACCCCCUUCAUGUGAUUGUACAGUAUUCAAACUUUUUCUUAUGUACAGUAAACUUUACCAUAUGGCAAAGGCCUUUAUUGUGUUAAAUAACUUAGUAUCUCAUAUAUACAUAUAUAUGCACCUAUAUAACGUGUAUAUAUAUAUAAAUGCAGCCAUUGCUAUUGCAAUUCAUUUAAUAAAGCUUUAGUUUAAAAACCAAGCAUUGUGUACAGGAGCUACAGCAACGCCGGAGGCCUUUUCAGUUGGAGAGGCAGGUUGCUUUAAUGUCAUUCUGACCUGCGUUGUUUGCCAAGAGACUAUUUUAUAAUUUUGUUAUUAAAACAUCCAGGGUGAUUUCAUCUUUGUUCCUAGAUGUACUCAUUUGAAUAGGUUUUGUGUUCACUACUCAGCAGUGUAUAAAGCUAACCUUGAUAAUUUUACCUUUUGUUAAUUAUCUAAAUGGGAAAUGUCAUUAGUCGAACCCCACACACAGCACAGAGAGCAGAGUUUAACUAUAGAUCAUGGUAGGUUCAACUUCCUCUUCCAAAGCUGCAAGCCAAUCAUUGUAACUGUAGCUGGGGAGGAGGGGAAGCCCCUUCAAGUGUUGAUGUGGCCUUAUAUGUGUCAUACAUCACCCUACAGCAAAUAUGUGACAACCAUCCUGGGCUCUCAUCUGAACCUCUCUUCUACCCACUUGAGGUUUCCUGUCCUUUUAAAAUCAGUGCCAAGUGUGUCAGCAGGGGCGAUGAGCAAAAACCAGUGCCUCGUUGUGCACAAUCCUCUAAAGGUAGCAUUCUUAUCUGUUAGAAACAUAGAGUGAGCUUCAUCUGUAAUCCUUAAACUCGACGUGGUAAGUAGGAAGCAGGAGUUUAUCCUGUGUUUUCAGGCAGCCGUAUGCUUACUUUAAUCUCACUCAUUCUGUGGCUAGGGUUGCUAGAGGAUCCAGCCUAUGUGAUUUGCUUUAGGAGCAGUUAAGAGAUAUACUCUUAAAAUGUAUUCUAUUUUGAUCUAAUUCUGUUUCUGGGGAGCAUCUUGUACUGUCACUGUUUUUGUACUAAAUCUUCAAAUAUUGUCUACUGUGUCAGGCAGAAAAUGGUCUUAUCAUGAGAAACCACUUUGUUUCCAGGGUGACGAGUCCCGCGGUGCAUGCACACCUUGUUUCCCUGUGACAUUCAUGUUCUCAGUUACAACUCUGAUUUUCAAACAGAAAAGUCUUUACAGCUGUAUAGGGGCACCCCAGAUGCUGCAGUGACUUCAGCUAUCAACAAACUGUUAACCAUGUACAAUACUGGAAAUAGGCUGAUUUUGAUGUAUUGCCUAUUCUUCAAGUACACAAAACAUUUUGGAGGCCUCAAUUAUGAGUGGCAGAGCUUUCUGUGUAUAAUUUGUCUACAUAAUUUGUCUAAUAAAAAUGUUUUCUAAA